UCUACUAGAAACGAAGGAUAUAUAGAAGGUGAUUUAGUAAAAUAUGAAACUUCAUGGAAGUCUUAUAUCUCUAACGGCUAUUUCAUCUCUUGUAUUACUGCUACACAUCUUUAACGGUUUGUUGAUUAUAAAGAAAAGAAAUUUACAUAAAACGCGGUAUUACUAUAUACUUAAUUUAACAGUCAGUGAUACAUGUUUGGUAAUAUUUGGGUUUUUUAUGAAUAUUUACAAUAUCGAAGAAAAGUUGUUACCCUUUGCUCAUUGUUUCUACUUCUGUUCGAUUAUCACCACGCUUUUUAUAUCAAUUGAUCGUUAUAUUGCCAUCAAGUAUUGUCUCUAUUACCAUAUGAUUGUCACAAAGAAGAGAGUCAAACUAUCAUUUAUAGUUAUAUGGGUUACUUCCAUUUUCGCCAAUAUGUUUCCUUUGAUAUGUAAUACAUUUGCAGGAAACGAUGAUUUAUAUUUGAAGCUAAAGCAAUGGAUCACUUAUUUUAUCACCAUUGCAUGUUCAAUAGGUUUACUUUUGCUGGCUUUAUACACAAUGCAUUUGCGUAACAAACACAUUCGGCAUAUAACUUCGAUGCGAAUUUAUUUUGGAAUAACUUCAGAAAGGCUUGGAAUGUUGAGACAUCUUAAACGAAGCGUUAAAGACGUUUUUUAUUUGAAUAUUAUAACUUUUUUGUUGAUAAUGUUGCCGAAUUUAUUUCGAAUAUAUUACGAACAGUGGGCGCCGGAUGAAACAUACAGUGGUGUUAUAGGUGGGAUCAUAUUAAUUUACAUGACGACAAAUCCGCUUGUGUACGCAAUGACAAUGUCUGAGCUGAGAACACAUUAUAGGGAUUUCCUGCAGAAAAUAAGUUACUGCUUUUAUCGUUGUUGAGAUGAAAUGCAAAGAUUCGUUUCUCCUUUGAUAUCUAAUUCAAACAAUUGCAUUUGAAUAUAACAGCAUGGAUUUUUUAAAUGAACUAAUGGACUUUUGGUCAUGCCAUACAGUUUUUUAGUAAUGUCUUAACAGGUUUUUUUUGCCUACAUAUCUUUUGAGCCAUAGAUGGAACUAGAAUUUACUGGACUGAUCUAUGAAUGUACUAAGGAGUGAUUUUGGGAACAAAGUAUGACGUUUCAAAAUAACCAGAACCAACAUUUUGAUGUAUAUAGCUUCUGAAGUUUAUUA